AUGAUCACUGCUUCUUAUCUAAUUGGGGAUGGAUCCCUACCGCUCAAAAGUUCUUCUACUGCCACAAUUCCCCUGAGUCCACUAUUCCGGAUUGGUUCCACUGUCGCGGGUCCCAGGGAGCAAGAAAUCAAAAAUGCAGUGACAAUUUCACAACCGUCUCGGUUCACUCGCCCCUCGUCCCUCGUCCCUCGUCCCGGCCGCGGUGCCACCUCUCCCUCCGCCUCCGCCUCCGCCUCCGCCUCCGUUGCGGAACCUGUCUUCUGCGCCACCGAGGAAGAUUUCGCCGACCGCUUGGACUUCAUCUACAAAAUCCGUCCCCACCCGGAGCCGUUCAGCAUCUGCCAUAUCUACAAAAUUGAUCAGAAGAGGUUAAGAAAACUGGUAUUCAACCACUACAUGGAACCUUCACAGUGUCAACUUCAGUUGCCUGCUUGGUACUCAAAGCACCCGUUCUUAGCUCAACUGGUGAUACUUCCCACUCCCAGCAUGCUCGAAUGAUGCAAGCAAGACAGUGCAUGAUCACGAGACUGGACUUGGCACUGUUAAACAGGUCUCGAUCUGACUGUGCUGUUAUGCGAAGCUAGCGAACUGUUCAGUCUCCAUGGCUGUAAGAAAGGGAUGGGAUUAAUGGCACACUGGGAAGUCCUUUCUGUAGUGGUGCAUGUUGAAACUGGGUGGGGUGGCAGGUCCACUUGCGCUGGGCCAUGGGAACACGGUGACAUCAGAUUGAUGUGGGCUGGUGGGGCUUCAAUCCUGUGGAAUGUUGAACCUUACUUGUUGGUGCCCUUCGCUCCUAACAUUUCACAUGCCCCUGUCUGCUGAAAAGAUCGAGACUCCCAAGUACAUGUAAUUUCCAUAUGAUAUGCGAGAUGUUUUGUUUCCGUUGCAUGGGAAUUAUGUGGGUCCAAAAGUUUAUUUUUUAA